UUUUCAAGGACUAUAAUAUCCUGCUUAACGAAUGUAUAAAUCAAAGGGCAAUUAGAGAAGGCCAAAGGCUUCACUCCCACAUAAUCAAGACCCUUUACCGCCCUCCCGUUUUUCUUAGGACAAGGUUAAUUGUUUUCUAUGUGAAGUGCGAGAUGCUGGAUGACGCAAAAAGGGUGUUUGAUGAAAUGCCUGAGAGGAAUGUUGUGGCUUGGACUGCAAUGAUAUCUGCAUAUGCCCAGAGAGGGUACUUUUUUGAAGCUCUUAAUCUUUUUGUUCAGAUGUCGAGAUCAGGAACCCAGCCAAACGAGUUUACAUUCGCAACAGUGCUCACAUCUUGUGUGGGCCCCUCCGGACUCAAAUUAGGACAACAAAUCCACGGGUUAUUGAUCCAGAGUGCAUUUGAGUCCCAUCUCUAUGUUGGAAGUUCACUUCUUGACAUGUACGCCAAAUCUGAUAGUAUACCUGAAGCUCGUCUUGUGUUUGAAUGUCUACCGGAAAGGGACAUUGUUUCAUGCGCUGCCAUAAUUUCAGGAUGUGUCCAACAGGGCCACUUUGAGGAUGCUAUAGAGAUAUUCCGUAGAUUACAGGGAGAAGGAAUGACGUCAAACUAUGUUACUUAUACAAGCCUCGUAAACGCAUUAUCUGGACUUGCUGCAGUGGAACAUGGCAGACAAGUUCAUGGCUAUGUCAUUAGAAAUGAAUUGCUCUCUCAUGUAAUUCUUCAAAAUUCCUUAAUUGAUAUGUACUCCAAGUGUGGAAACCUCACCUACUCGAGGAGCAUAUUUGACAGAAUGUCUGAAAGAACCGUGAGCAGUUGGAAUGCCAUGCUUGUUGGUUACAGUAAGCACGGAAUGGGAAGGGAGACAAUUGACCUUUUCGAAAAGAUGAGGAAUGAAAACAUAACUAAACCGGACAGCGUCACGUUUCUGGCAGUAUUGACGGGUUGCAGUCACGGUGGAAUGGAGGAGAAAGGUCUUGAGAUCUUCAACAAGAUGGUCAACGGGGAAAAUGAGGGUGAUGUUUGGAUGGAGCACUAUGGAUGCAUUGUGGAUAUGCUGGGACGGUCGGGUCGGGUAGAACAAGCUUAUGAAUUUGUUCAGGAGAUGCCUUUCAAACCAAAUGCUUCGGUUUUGGGCUCUCUUUUGGGCGCAUGUAGGUUUCACGCGAAACCCGAAAUUGGCGAGAUCAUAGGAAACCGACUCAUGGAAAUGGAGCCUGAAUGUGGCAGGAACUAUGUUAUCCUUUCCAACAUAUAUGCAUCCGCGGGAAGGUGGGGAGAUGCAAAGAGGGUGAGGAAGAUGAUGCGAGAGAAGUUGUUGAUGAAGGAGCCAGGAAUGAGCUGGGUUGAGUGAAAAUGUGUUAAGCCAUGGUUAGGGAAGCAGGUUUUGCACCUGAACUGAGCUAGUCUCAUAAUAUGAUAAUACUACUACACACUGAAUGAACGCAAGUGACACCUCAGAGAUCAAGAAUAUGACCUUGUUUGUUUUCUGGAGUUUAGGCUGGAAGGCAUUUGAGUUUUGGUGGAAAUUGUACUUGCAUUCCAGCCAAGAUCGGAGCCGGGUUUUUUUAGUGCGGAAGGCAAAUCUGUGGUUAUCUGAUUAUCUGUCUCCAGACUUAAGGAUACAACAACAUCCAAGUCUUAUUCCCAUAAGGUUUUGGGGUCAGUUAACAUGAAUCGAUUCAUGAUCUCCAGACUUAAGGAUCACACGGGAAAUUAAAUUUUGUAUCAAAGCCAUACCUAAAAAAUGUCCAAGCAGAGUGUCUGGCAAUGCAAGAACAGGUACAGCUGACAUGGGCUAUAUCCUAGACUCCUAUCUUCUGUACUCGCACAGCAGACCUCACACGCCGUUAGAUAGUAAGGUUGAACCAAACCCUGCACUUUGGCCACUUUAAAAAUAGCAAUGAUAGAUAAUCAAGAUAUGCAUAGAUAGACACAUAACAUAGUGAAAAGGUGUGGCUAGUAGUUGUGGAAACAUGUUAAGCUUUUGUCUAAACUUCUUUUAAUAUUUUUAGGCCUGAGCUUGUACGGUUACUUUGUUAAAGACUUAUUUUUCAGUCUGAGUCUGACCUAAUUGAAAGUUAGGUCUGGUCUGAAGCUUGUUAAAAGAACUAAAUAAAGACUAAAAACAUUAAAAUACUUCUAAAGAACCAGAAAGUUUAUUUCAAAAAUCACUACAAAAUAUAUACUCUAUAAUAAUACUCUAGUUCCCUAACUUUUCAACUUUUAUGUAAUUCAAUUCUUUUAAGAAUUUAAAUCUAAAUGGCUUUUAUAAGCUAAUAACACGUUGUAUAUAUUUAAAAUAAAUAUAUUCUAAUAAGUAAUACACGCAUAGAUAUUUAAUCAUUUUUAUAGUUAAUUAUACGGAGGUAAGGGCCAGUUUGGUCCUCGAAGUUGCAUAAAAGGGAUCAAAUAAGUCCUUAUAACGUCUUUACUGUCCGACCGUCGCCAUUUGGGGCAGUUCCCGAUGGAAUUUUUUGAUGGAAUGUUGUGAGCAUCUUAUUCAUUAAGUCUAGUUUACUCAUACCAAAUUUCAGUCAAAAUUUAAAUCGAGAAGGCAUUCAAAUGAAGUCUUGAAGAUAACUGCGCAGUUAUCUUCAAGACUUCAUUUGAAUGCCUUCCCGAUUUAAGUUUUAUCUGAAAUUUGGUAUGAGUAAACUAGACUUAAUGAAUAAGAUGCUCAAAAAAAUUUAUCAAAAAACUCCACUGGGAACCGCCCCAAAUGACGACUCCCGGACAGUAAGGACGUUAUAAAGAUUUAUUUGACCCCUUUUAUGACUUCGAGCACCAAACUGACCCUUACCUCUUAAUUAUACAUAUAUUUAGCUAGUAAGUGGGUUUUUAAAGUAGACUUAAAGUUGGGCUAAGCCUGAUUUAUUUAGAUAUACGAGCUUCUAUGAAAGGUUGAGCCUAGUUUGUUUGCUAAAUAACCUAGGGCAGACCUUACACAAGCUCUAAGAGGAUAAAAAUCAACAAAUAUUUUAUACCUUAAAUGGAAAUGAAAAAGCUAUUUGGGACGGUUAAAUAAGAGAAGUUGCAAAAUCUUGUAGGACAGAGACGAUUAAUAUUUUUUUAUAUGAUUAUUACUAAUAAUGUACUACCUCCGUCUCAAGUUGAGUUACAAAAUUAUUUUUUUUGGUCAAAUAGAUUCAUUUUGUUCACUUAAUUAGGAUAUGCUUUCUUAUUUAAAGUUUAAUUUGGAUUUCGCAACUUUAUAAAGUUUUAAUGGGUACCCCAAGCAUUUCUUCAUUUUGUGUACCUCAUUUUAUAAGAAACAAGUGAAUAAGGAGUAGUAAAUGAAGUACAAAUGGGUACCCCAAGCAUUUCUUCAUGUAGUUAUAAGAAGUACUUCCUCCGUCUUAUAUUUAUCUUCACAAGUACAAUUUUCACAAGUACAAUUGACACACAUAUUAAGAUAGUGGGGGAAAUGUGUGGAGAGAGUUAUGUAGAGGAGAGAGAAAUGUGUAAGAACAUGUCUUCCACAAAUCCCUAAAUUUGGUACAAAAAAUUUCCUUGCCUUCGACAAAUACGGUAUUCCAACUGUGGCUCUGACUGCAUUUUCACAGUUCAGCCUAAAUGACGUCCGCGAAACCCUUCGUGACAGUCGUAGGGAUGCUGAAAGCCAGAUCGAGCUCCGCCCUCCGAGCUCGAGGAGGUCACGGCCCGAACCCAUUCCUUACUCCCGGCCACCAGGAACGGCCCAACGGCUACCUCUUCAACCGUACGCCCCCGCCGCCGGGGCAAUCCCGAAAGUGGGAGGACUGGGAGCUCCCUUGCUACAUCAACAGCUUUCUCACCAUUGUCAUCCUCGGUGUCGGCCUCAACGCCAAACCCGAUCUCACUAUUGAGACAUGAGCCCAUCAGGAAGCCAUCAAAAGGCUCGAGCUCGAGUCCUCUUCACAAUCCGAGUGAUUGUUUGAUCGGUCAAUCUGGGUAUGCUUUUGUUACGCCCUCUUCUGGAAUUAGGGUUUGGUAGAGAAGAUCACAUUCUGAGAAGUUUUCUGUUUAUAUUUCCUGAUGCAAUUUGGUGGAAAAAAAUUGUUGAUGUUCAUUAACUCAUGAUUUGGAUGGUCAAAUUAGACUCCGUUAUAAAAUAACUUCAGUUUACAGCUUUGUUUGACAUGGUAAUAUUGUGCUUCAAUGAAGAUGCAUUUUCAUCAA